CCUCUGCUGCUUUCGGCCGAAAGAUCGUCGCAUCCAUGCCAUGGGUGCAGCAUGCUCGACGGAGUGGGGCGACGAGGGGCUCGGCGGCCGAGGAGCCAAAGCGCAGGCUGCACAUAAGAGCCGAGCCCAUGAAACUGCCAGGCAUUGGCAUGACAAGAUGAUGAUGUCAGCAGCUUCACAGGCUCGUCUCAAGCCACAUGCUGUUUUUGAGGGCUCCCAACGCGGCGACACUCGACGAGUUCUUGCCGCCCUCAAUGCUCACGGGGACCCAAACUGCGUGAACUUCGGAGGCUACAGCGCUUUAAUGCUAGCGGUUGGAGGAGGCUAUAUGGAGGUGAUUGCAAUGUUACUGCAGGCCAGCGCCAAUCCCAAUGCUGGGAUCUCCGGGGUGACGCCGCUCAUGGUUGCUGCAGCUUCUGGGCAGGUGGAGGUUGCGCGGAUGCUCAUCAACUGUGGCGCAGCUGCAACCGGUGCUUGUGCAGCCCGGGGCAGGACAGCGCUGCAUAGGGCAGCAGAAAGAAGUCAUGCUGACGUGGCGCGACUACUCAUCCAGGCCGGAGCUUCAGUCGACAUUGGUGACUUCGAGGAGACCACGGCGCUGAUGUUGGCAGCGGCUGAGGGCCAUCCCGACGUAUUGAAGGUCUUGCUUUGCGCGGGUGCGUCGGUGUCGCUGGCAAACAGCGCCGGCGAAUCUGCACUGAGCUUCUGCGUGAGAAACAAGCAUGAGGCUUGCUUAGAGACCAUGCUUCGAGCUGGUGCCCCUGUGAAUGCCGCAAACCGGACCACAGGCAACACUGCACUUGCAGAAGCAGCCAAAGUUGGCAGUGAGGUACUUUGCCGCAGGCUCUUGCAGUACCAGGCGAAUGUGAACUCUUCCAACGCACGGGGGGAGACUCCCUUGAUGCUGGCUGCGACUGGUGGCCACGAUCAGGUGGCACGGAUGCUGCUGGUGGCUGGGGCGAAUACCGCCGCAGAGGAUGUCAAUGGUCACACUGCCAUCAUGCAUGCUGCUGGCAGCAGCGUGGCAGUGGUGUCGGCCUUGCUGGAUUUCGGAAGCAACCCAUCAGUGGUCAGCGAGGUGGACUGCAACACGGCUGCGACACUUGCUGCCCUGAAUGGCAGAAAAGAGGUUUACGAUCUUCUGGUACGGGCCGGAGCUUUCGUGCCUGUGGUGGAGGACACUGGCGACCGCGUAACAUGAGGGCCACACGGCGCUUCAGGUCUCAAAGCUGUGAACAGUUCAAAAGGAGCAGUUCCAGGGGCAAAGUCCUUUCGCUAAUGGAUGACGCAAAGAACAGUCCCAGCGCAACAGCCGCUCAGCAGGUUGGUUGUUUUAUGUCAAUCUGCUCGGCCGCUUGUCAUGUUGAGUCAGAACGUGGAGAAUUCGCUGGCUGAUCUUGAAUUGGGUGCAGUUCGUGCUACUGUGUGCCCUCCUCUAAAUGUUGAC